AGCUCAGGCUUGUUCGAGGAGCAGCAGCACCAAACGGGCGGCCUCUUCCCGCAGCAGGAACCAUUGCGGCCUCCGAAGACGGCGCCGCUAGGCACCGGAAUCGCAGAUCACCUUCAACAGAUGGGAAUUGCAUCUGAAUCACAAGAUAAAGUUUCAGUUCCUGAUUCUGGACCAGAAAUGGCUGAACCUCAGGUGGCUGUGGUUCCUGUGGUAACAUCAAAAUUGUCUGUUAAAGCACCUGAGUUUUAUCCACCAGGAUACAACCAGAACUUCGAUCAGAACUUUGCAGAUUCUUCCUUUGAAGAUAGAGACGAUGGCUAUCUGACUUUGGCAGAAUACAUACAAGACUUCCUAAAUCACCUCACCGAGCAACCAGGUUGUUUUGAAACUGAAAUAGAGCAGUUUGCCGAAACGCUUAAUGUCUGGGUCACUGCAGACGAAGCUUUACAAGAACUCGUUGAACUCAUCUAUCAGCAGGCCACAUCUGUCCCAAAUUUUUCCUACAUGGGAGCUCGGCUGUGUAACUACCUAUCUCACCAUCUAACCAUUAGUCCACAAAGUGGGAACUUCCGACAGUUGUUACUUCAAAGGUGUCGAACUGAGUAUGAAAACAGAGAUGAAGCUACUAAAGGAGAUGAGACUACUCAAAAACAAUUUCAUGCCUUUGUGCUGUUCUUAGCUGAACUUUACCUUAACCUAGAGAUUAAAGGAAUAAAGGGACAGGUAAUGCGAGCUGAAAUUCUUCAGGAAGGCCUUCGGGAAUUACUAAAUGCACUUUUCUCUAAUCCUGUGGACAGUAAUCUGAUAUGUGCUGUGAAACUGCUGAAGUUGACAGGCUCAGUUUUAGAAGAUGCCUGGAAAGAAAAAGGAAAGAAUGAUAUGGAGGAAAUGAUUCAGAGAAUUGAAAAUGUUGUGUUGGAUGCAAACUGUAGCAGAGAUGUGAAACAUAUGCUUCUGAAACUAGUAGAACUGCGAUCAAGUAACUGGGGUAGAGUUCAUGGAACCUCUUCACAUACAGAGGCUACACCUGAAAAUGACCCAAACUAUUUUAUGAAUGAGCCAACAUUUUACACUUCUGAUGGUGUUCCUUUCACUGCAGCAGAUCCAGAUUACCAAGAAAAAUACCAAGAGCUGCUUGAAAGAGAGGAUUUUUUUCCGGAUUAUGAAGAAAAUGACACAGAUCUAUCAGGACCUGGAGAUCAGUAUUUUGAUGACAUUGAUGACGAGAUGGAUCCAGAAAUUGAAGAAGCAUUUGAAAAAUUCUGUCUAGAAUCAGAAGAUAAGAGAAAACAGUGAGAUGUUACAUAUUAAUGUUAGUUUAUUAAGCCACUUUAGGUAUGGUUAGAGUACAGGGGGAUAUAAAACAUUUGUACCAAAAUAAGAAACUUGAGUUUCUCCAAGUAUAAAGUUACACAAUUUCCAUUUUGUUUAAGAGAAUCUGCCAAAAAUUGUAAACUUACGACCUGUAACUUAAAAUGUUGUGUAUAUAUCAUAGUUUAUUUUAUGUACAGGUAUCUGAACAAUGUUUUGGCUGCAAUAAAAAAUGAUUUAAAAUUAUAAUUGAAAUUAAAAUGUAAUGGUGAGCUGUCCCAUAAAAUUU